AUACGCCACCCUUCACCUUCCCAGGUCCUUUGUUCUCCGAUUCAGAGACUGGUGCAGAAUCAGCACGCUCUAGAUUAUUGCGCUUGGUUCUAUAUAUCAGACUCGUCUGCUGCGGACAUGGAGGGCAUCAAAAAGGUUUUUGAAGCAAAGAAAUCGGAGGGUAGCCCAGCAUUAGUUACCUUUGUGACUGCUGGUUAUCCGACCGUUAGGGAUACAGUACCUAUCUUGCUUGCUAUGCAAGAGGGUGGUGCCGACAUCAUAGAGCUGGGCGUACCUUUCUCCGACCCCAUUGCCGAUGGACCUGCGAUUCAAGAGACAAAUACUGUUGCCUUAAAAAAUGACGUCGAGUAUGGGACUGUCUUGGGCCUUGUACGUGAAGCACGUAGUAAGGGUCUGACUGCACCAGUAAUGCUCAUGGGUUACUACAACCCCAUGCUUGCAUACGGUGAAGAAAAGGCUAUUCACGACGCCAGGGAGGCCGGUGCCAAUGGAUUUAUCAUGGUCGACCUUCCGCCCGAGGAAGCCAAGAUUUUCAGGGAUAGGUGUGCCAGUGCCGGGAUGUCGUAUGUCCCUCUGAUCGCCCCCUCGACGUCCCUCCCGCGCAUCAAGUUCCUUGCUUCAAUAGCCGAUUCGUUUAUCUACGUGGUCUCAAAGAUGGGUACCACAGGAUCGUCUGUCAAAGUCGGAAUAAACAGCGCUCUUCCCGACAUCAUCGCUCGAGUGCGGCAAUACACCGACGUCCCGCUCGCAGUGGGCUUUGGCGUCGCCACGCGGGAGCACUUCGACUUCGUCGCAGACGCGGGCGCGGACGCAGUCGUCGUAGGCAGCCGACUCGUUUCCGUCAUGAAGGAGGCCCCCGCCGCCGAAAUCGCGCAGAAGGUCGAAGCCUACUGCAAAGAGAUCAGCUUGAAAGGCCAGCCGCACAAGCGCGGCACGCCGCUCAACGGCAAGGUCACGACCCCAGUCGUGAAUGUGAACAAGGAAGGCCCUUCGGUGUCGAAUACUGCGUCCGACCCUAUCGUGCUGCCGGCGCGGUUCGGUCAGUUCGGUGGGCAGUAUGUCCCCGAGGCAUUGUUCGAUUGCUUGAUGGAGCUUGAGGAGGCGCAUAAGAGCGCGAUGGAGGACCCCGAGUUCUGGAAGGAGUUCCGGGGGCUGUACGGUUACAUGAACAGGCCGUCAAAUCUCUACUUCGCCGAGAAGCUGACCGCCCAUGCAGGAGGGGCUAGAAUCUGGUUGAAGCGGGAAGACCUGAAUCAUACAGGCUCGCACAAGAUCAACAAUGCUAUCGGCCAGAUCCUCCUUGCGAGGCGGAUAGGCAAGACGCGCAUCAUUGCGGAAACGGGCGCUGGGCAGCAUGGUGUAGCCACAGCUACCGUAUGCGCACGGUUCGGCAUGGAAUGCAUUGUGUACAUGGGUGCCGAGGAUGUACGGCGGCAAGCCCUCAACGUCUUCCGGAUCCAGAUGCUUGGUGCCAAGGUUGUACCCGUCCACUCCGGCUCGUGCACGCUCAAAGACGCUGUGAACGAGGCGAUGCGCGACUGGGUCACCAACCUCUCGACCACCCACUACCUCGUCGGCUCUGCCAUCGGCCCGCAUCCGUUCCCCACGAUUGUGCGGGACUUCCAAAAGGUUAUCAGCGAGGAGAUUAAGGUGCAGCUGCGCGAGGCUGCGGGCAAGCUGCCAGACGUGGUCGUCGCCUGCGUGGGUGGCGGAAGCAACGCCAUCGGGACUUUUUAUGAUUUCAUCCCGGACAAGAGCGUGAGGCUGGUCGGUGUGGAAGCUGGCGGCGAAGGCAUCGAUGGGGACCGUCACAGCGCGACUUUGUCGAAGGGGCAGCCUGGUGUCCUCCACGGUGUGCGGACUUACAUCCUCCAGUCCCUCGCAGGCCAGAUCAUAGAGACGCACUCCAUCAGUGCGGGCCUCGACUACCCGGGUGUAGGGCCUGAGCACGCCUGGCUAAAAGAUUCUGGAAGGGCGGAGUACGUCGUGGCGACCGACGAGGAGGCGUUGCGGGGUUUCCGGAUGUGCACUCAGUUGGAGGGUAUCAUUCCUGCUCUGGAGUCGUCACAUGCUAUCUGGGAGGCCGUGCGCCUGGCUAAGACCCUCCCGAAGGACAAGGAUAUUGUAGUGUGUCUCUCCGGUCGGGGGGACAAGGAUGUCGAGCAGAUAUCGCAGCUGCUGCCAGGGAAGUGGGAAGAUAUCCUUGACUGGCAUGUAUCCACCACGGCAUGAUGCCUGUAUUUGAUGGAACACAAUCAUAACUAUCGGGGUUUCCUGCUGUCCAUGAAGACCCCAGGGCUCCCCUCUUUCCGUAAUAUGAGUAUCCCGGUCUUUUCGAAGUCAAUUAAUCUUUACUAUUAAUACUGGUCACGUG